AUGGCGAACGAGGCAUCUUCCCGCCUCGCGGCAGAGCUCGAGAUGCUGCUUGCAAUGUACCCAGACGGGGCCGUGGCCUACAGCUCCUCGCGGCGGGAGCUACGCUUCGCAGCCACCACCAGCCCGGCCGCGAGCUCGCUCGUCCUCCGCCUGCCAGAGACAUAUCCCGCGUCUGGCUUCCCCGAGAUCCUCACGGCCUCUCGCUCAGGCAGUGGGAGCAGCAGAAGCAGCAGCAGUGGACACGAGGACUUGCGAGAACGGACAAAGGCCGCAUUUCAACAUCUAGCCAUCCCCCAGGACGGGGGCGAGGAGAUAUUGGAUGCGCUGAUUCUCGCGUUUCAAGACCUCGUCGAGAAAGAAGGGAACCCUGAGAACCACGACGGUGCCGAAAAUAACACCACUACCGCCACCACCGCCAUCACUCACGAAGCUGCAGAAGACUCUCCUAAUCACCACAGCCAAAGAGCCACAGCAGCAGCAGCGUCGUCAAGCACACAGAAAAGCAAACGCCAGCACAAGACAGUCGUGAUAUGGCUCCACCACCUCCUCAACACCAACAAGCGCAAGCUGGCUCUGCACCCGACCCUCUCACUCUCAAGAGCACAACCGAGCCACUCCAAACUGUCUAUCAACCACAACACCACCACCACCAUGCCCCCAACCAGUAGCAGCAGCAGCAGCAGCAGCACAAUAACGGGCCUCACGAAACCAGGCUACCCAGGCAUCCUCGUGUAUUCAGGGCCCAGCGAGCUGGUCGCCGCACACGUGGCCGAGCUGCGUGCACAGCGCUGGCAGGCAUUCCAGGUCCGUUACGACAGCGACGACCACGAAGACGAUCAAGACCACAUCUCUACCGCCGUGGGCGGCGGCGAGCGCGGCCCCGGACGUAGCAGCGGGGAGGCGAAGUCAAGCAGGCAAGGGCCAACGCAGCGGGCGAGGAGGGUGCAAGACAAGACUGCCCGUGGCGGCGGCCAUGGUGGUGCUGGGGAGACGCCGGAACCGGGACUCUGGGCCUUUGAGCAUGACACGGGCACCAUUGUCGAGGUCGAGUCCAUCGCUCUCGCCGCAAGGGCCAUCAAACAUGAAGGACACCGCGAAACUUUCCUGGCAGCCGUGGGCGUCAAGUAG